AUGUAUCAUUGAAUAACGAGAUGACGAGAUAUCUUGAAGAGAUGAUUGUGUGCACUAUCUGACAUCUAGACCAAGCAUGCUCACCGGAAGUGGUCAGGACUCUGGGUACGAAGAUGACCAGAGUGAACUACAUCGACUCUGCCAGUCAGGAAAACUGAGUGAAAUCCUUUCCCUGCUUCACGCAUCUCCCAGGGCCUCCAAGCUCCAGUGGUACCAUGAUGGUCACUCGGCGCUACACGUAACUAUCUUAAGUCACCGGAAGGAUGCAUGUGACGUAGUUGGCGCUCUGCUGGAUAACGGCGCGAACAUCAACGCCCAAACAUCGGCAGACGGCAACACCGCACUACAUCUGGCGGUUUUAUCUGGAUCUUUUCCUCGGGACAUCGACACAAUUGUGCUCUUGCUGCAGAGAAAGGCGGACCUUAAGAUCAGAAACAAGAAGCUUCGAACUCCCUAUGACUGUGCAAUAGCCAAUGGCCACUAUGAGCUAGCUGGCAUUUUGGAUGGGAGUGUGCCAGCAGCCAAGGCUAAGGAAUAUUUCAUAGAGAGUUGUAGACAAAAAUAUGGUCCAUACAUCAUUGAAGCCAUCUUGAACAACGAUAAAACAAAAUUGAAAGAGUAUCUCGACCUAGGUGGUGACCCUAAUGUACUAAAUCAACACGGCGCUGGAGCCAUACACUACACAGUUACACACUGUAAACUACCUGUGUAUGACACGCUGCAAACCUUGCUGCAGUCAGGUGCUAAUGCCAAUCUCAGAGAUGAGGAAGGAGAUACAGCUUUAAAUCUAGUCAUUAAAAAACAAAACCUUAGAGAAAAUGGACAAAUGGUAAAAUGUGUCCAGCUAUUGGUUGACAAUGGAGCAGAGUCCAAUUUUACAGAUUUAGACGGCAACGAUGCAAUAAAACUAGCAGAAACAAAGGGAUAUAAUGAUGUGUUAGCAGUCUUAAGGAAAAAGGUGAAACCAAAAACACCAGAGCCAUCUCCAGAUGUAACAAUAGAUCUUUCACCAAUUCCUGAAGAAGAAGAGAGGCCAGCCACCAACAAGCCAGUAGAAACACCAGUUACUAGGCCAGUUACAAGUGAACCUGUUACUGCACCAAAUACAGACUUAAGCCCUAUCCAUAUUGCUACAUUGAUAGAAAAUGAAACUGAAAGGAAUGAAAAGUUAAAAACUUUGCUUCAUGAAGGAGCUGAAGUUAGUAAACAAAUCCAGUCGACUGGCAACACAGCCUUACAUUUAUGUGCUGAAAAAAAUUAUGGAACCACAGCUAAAUUGUUGCUGGACAACAAUAUUGACUACACUCUUAAAAACACAAAAGGUCAAACAGCCUAUGAACUAGCCAAGGAAUUGAACAGUCUUACAGUAGUCAAGGCAAUAGAGGAAAAGCAAAGCAAACAGCAGCCUUCAGGGAAGAAAGCUAAAUCUUGUGUUAUAUUGUAGGAUGAUAUUUAUGAAUUGUGAUGGAUUUUCAGUAAAAAAUUUGAUGUGAUGUGUAGGAUUUUAAGUAAUUUAUUUCCCAUUGUGCUAAAAAUUGUAUAAAUUUUGAUGUGAUAUGUAGGAUUUAAGUAAUUUAUUUCCCAUUGUGCUAAAAAAAUACCUUGAUGUAGAGGGAUGAUUUUAUUGCCCUGUGUUACAGUUUUAGUCCUGUCUUUAUUUUAUUUGUGAGACAGUGUUCAUUUUGCACAAUAGAUUUUCUUGUUGGUUGAUGUUUUCAAUAAUAUGUACCUGUAUUUUAUU